CGUGCCUCUGCGCCCUUCUUGUCUAUAACUCUACUCUACGUAUCUAGCGGCGUUUGGGAUGCCGCAGUGGUGCACGCGACAAGUCUUCCGCUGCUUCAAGUGGCUCGAACGCGCCGGGGACAGGCUCACAGGCGCAGCCGGGCCCGUCUUCGUCACCCUCGCCAUCGUCCUGCUCUCGCUCGGCGUAUUCUGCUUCUUCGAAGUCAUCCAACCAUCACUGGCCUGGCCAUGGGUGACCACGCCCGUCUGCCUGCUCAUCGCGCUCAACCUCUUCGCGCACUACUACUACGUGUGCACGAUCUCGCCCGGGUUCGUCAACGAGCCGCCGCGUGCGGCGGGCACUGGGCUGCUGUGGGCGCGGAGGCGGCGGGAGGCGGCGGGCGGCCCACCACUCACGGGCGUGCGGUGGUCGGAGGACAUGCAUGUUACGCGGGCGGAGACGUCGAAGUGCAGGAAGUGCGGGGAGAUGCGGCCGGAGAGGUCCCAUCACUGCAGGAUAUGCGGCCGUUGCGUGCUGAAGUAUGACCAUCACUGUCCGGUGAGGAUCAACCAAUGCGUGGGCAUAUACAAUGAGCGACACUUUGUGCUGUUCAUGGUCUACCUGGUCGUCGCGUGCUUCUUCUACGCCGCACUUGGCUGGAGACACAUCAUGUUCGCACUGGGCUGGUUCAACGACCCGUGGUUAUACUACGCGCCCCCGAUGAUGUUUAUGAUGAUAUACAUCCUCGCGGUCGUGCUGUGCCUCGCCGUCUCUGCGAUGGCGGGCUGGCAUUUGUACAUGGUCGCGUCUGGGGAGACCUCGGUCGAGACGCAGGACCACGAACAGUAUCGCAAGAUUGCAGGCCAGCGGGGAGAGACGUUUAUCAAUUCGUACGACCUUGGCUGGAGAAAGAAUUUGGAGCUGUUCUUCAACGUCGGUCCAAGUGGAUAUCCGUUAUAUACACUCCUGGUGCCUCUCCGCAUUGAACCAUAUACGGAUGGUCGGGCAUGGGCGCGCAGAGCAGGCUUCGAACAGCACCUCGGUGUUAGGCCAGGGGAGGAGCUCACAGACGAGGAAGAGGAAUGAAGCAUGCGAAGUACUGCCGUACUAUGAUCUGGGUGGCUGUCUUGCUGCAUACGUGAC